AUGCCCCACACAUCCCACACCUCUCGCCGAAAACGACCAACCCAAAAAAGAACCCAAGUGACCGACGGUGAUGGCUGGACCCAUGUCGCGAGCGGCGGCAACGUGCGGCGCGUUAUGCGCACAUGUCCGCGAGGCACAACUGCAAUCAAGGAAUCAGAGUCCGGGAUAUCUAUUGGCCACCCUGAAGAACUCACCUUGACCCCCGCAGAAGCACCGGGUCGACUCACGCUGUCGGAUCUGCAGGCGCAAUUCCAGACUCAUCGUGAAAGGUGGGAGGGCUCGGAGAGUUGGACGAAGUUGACGGGCGUUUUGGAUGAACGGUUGAAGAGGGCGCAGGAACAAGCUUCUUCUUCUUCUUCUUCUUCUUCUUCUUCUUCUAAUGCUAUUGAGACUGAUGCUACUACUCCCGCUCCGGCCCGCUGUCCCGUCGACGCCAUUGUCUGCAUUGGGCUUGGGAGCCCGAGUGGGUUUUUGCGUGAUGGAUGGGUUGAUCGGCGUUCUGUAUCGCUUUAUCAGCUUGCUGCGCUGGCCAGCAUUAAGGAUCAAGUGGCUUGCAUCCAUUCCUCCAAUCUCAAAGUCUAUGCCCAAGACCCUGUCUUCAACACACUAGAUGAAUCCCUUCUCGCAGCCCUGAAUAUAACAGUCAUCAAACACCCAGAGGCUUUCUCGCACAUCACCGCGAACACAAUGCUCUUCUGUCCCGGUGCAGAGCGAAAACAUCUUGAAAUGUUGCUGCCCUCGAAACCGUGGCUGUUGUUCGGUGGCCCGCUUGAGCAUACGGACGCUGGUGGUAUACUGCAAGGUUAUGUGGAUGGAGCUGGGUCGUAUUGCUUGCCGGUAUUUGAAUUGCUUGAGCAUGCUUUUUGGAAUAUGAGACUAUAUUGGAUCGAGCAAGUCACAAGUGAGGAGUGA